AUGCGUAUCCCGGAAGGCACUGCUAAGAUUCUCGCUAAGGUUCCGCUUCCCGAUGAGGUGGCCGUCGUGCACCGAAACGCGGCCGUCGUCGACAUUGGUGCUUGCAAAACUCGCAUUGGGUUCGCAGGGGAUGAUAUACCACGUGUCAACGAGCCCACGUGCGUUUUGCGUGGGGGAGAGCAGGAGAGCACGUUGUACCUGCGAAAGGCAUACGACAAGCGGGCGAUAGGUGACACCGUCCGCGUUAUCGAAGACAAGGAGGUGAAUUGGGAUGCCAUGGAACUGUUACUGCAGCAUUUGGAUGACAUACUACACCUAAGCAAUAGCGAAGUCCCAACACCUUUGUUGCUAACGGAGAAGAUGCUCGUUCCCCGCGCCCACCGUCAACGGUUGGCGGAGAUGCUGUUUGAGAAACAUAAUCUGUGUUCCGUUUAUUUUGCACCGAGUCCCGCCCUCGCGCUCUAUGCCUCGGGUGUGUGCAGCGGCGUAUCAGUGGAAAUGGGAUACGACGCCUGUCACGUGGUGCCUGUGUUUCAGGGUUGUCCCAUGUUUCAUGCCGUGCAUGCAUUGGAGUAUGGGGGUAAACUGUGCACGCAGUACAUGAUGAACACGGGUCAGCCACUUCCGGAUGUUGUGCAUCCCCGCCACCGGGUGGAUGUGUGGGAACAUAUAAAGGAGAAAAAUUGUGAGACAUGCCCCAGCAGUGCCGCCUUCCGCAGGGCGGUAGAGAUGGAGGCAAACAUGAAUAGUAGUAAUGAAGAAAACGAGGAUUACUCCGGUAGAAACAAAAAUGUGGUUCACCACAAGUUACCGGAUGGCACGAUCAUUUCUCUGGGCUCGAGUCGGUUUGUCCCAUCUGAGAUGUUGUUUGAUCCCUCGCUUGCACCAACCACCGAGCACGAAAGCAACCACAAGUGGGUAGAACAUUUCGAAUACUUACACACGUAUGCUUUCCCUCAGGGUAUUCAUAGGCUUCUCGUCGAUUCGGUGCGGAAAUGCGAUACCGACCUUCAGGGGUUGCUGUACGGCGCGCUACACCUGUCAGGAGGUUGCUCACUUUUAAGUGGCCUCCCUGAGAGGUUGCGGGAUGAUGUCGCAUCUAUUACGGCUCAGGCUGUGCACGUAGAGGCGCAAACGGAGCGAAGGGACGCAGCGUUUGUCGGAGGUUCCAUUUUAGCAUCGCUUCCGACAUUCCAAAAUUUUUGGGUUACCCGUGCGGAAUACAGCGAGUUUGGUGCCGGUGCGGUGCUGCGGCGAGGUUUGUGA